AUGUUUUUUAAAAUAAUUAUAAUAAUUUUUAUUUUUAUUUUUAGAAUAAAUGGUGUACCUGUUGAAAAAGAAUUUAAUUAUUGUGAAGGUUUAAAUAAAGCUUUAGGAUUUUAUAAAGUUCAAAGGGCAGGUAUCGAAGAUCCAAAUUCUGAAUAUCCAUGGCAACAUGAAAUUACAACAAAAUAUGAUACAUAUUCAAAUAACAAAACAAAUAAAUAUGGUAAUGGAUUUUUAUCAAAAGGUUAUUUUGAUGCUGGUGAUUAUUUAAAAAUAACAUUUCCAUUAGCAUUUUCAAUGACAACUUUAUCAUGGUCAUUUUUAGAAUUUGAAGAAAAUAUAAAAUUUUGUAAUUUAACAGAAAACUAUUUAUCAACAAUUAAAUGGGGAGUUGAUUGGUUAAUGGCAGCUCAUCCAGAACCAAAUGUGAUUUAUGCACAAUGUGGUGGAGAAAUUGAUCAUUUAUCAUGGAGUAGAGCCGAUCAAAUUUAUAAUAAUCAAGUAACAGGCCCAAGAAAUUGUUCAAUGAUAAUUGAUAUAGAUAAUCCAAGUUCAGAUAUCGCGUUUGAAAUGACAGCAGCAAUGGCAGCAACUUCAAUUGUUUUUGAAGAAUUUGAUGAACAAUAUUCAAAACAAUGUAAAAUACAUGCAGAUCAAUUAUGGGAUUUUGGAAUUAAAUAUCCAGGUAUUUAUUACAACCCACUUUAUCCAUCGAAUGUCAGUAAAGAUGAGCAAAUCUGGGCAUCGGCAUGGAUGUAUUUAAUGUACGGUCCAGAGUAUUCAUUCUUUCGUGGAUUCUUUGACAAUGGUAAAAUCUCACAUGAUGAUUUGUUCUUUAAUAAAUGGAGUCACGUUUUCUCAUGGAAUAAUAAAAUGAGUGGUGCUUGUAUUUUAAUUGCCAAGAAUUUCAAUAUUUACAUUGAAGAAGCAAAUUAUUUAAUUCAUUCAUGGGAUACUAGAAUUAAUAAAACUAAAGAUGGUUUAUUCUUUUUAGAUGAAUGGGGUAACGCAAGAUAUUCAAUGGGUGGUAGUUUUUUAGAGGCAGUUUGGAAUUCAAAUAAAAAUCACACUGCAAAAACAACAAAUACCAAUUUCGCGCAAACUCAAAUCAAUAUUAUUUUAGGUAAUAAUAGUAAUCACCAUUCCUAUGUUUCCAUGUAUGGUUUUAAAGAUGCUAAAGUGACAUUAAACAUUCACCAUAGGUCAUCACAUUCACCACCAAAUGGUACAGAUUUAAAAUUCCAUAAUAUCUUAUCACCACCAAAUAAUAAAUUUCCAGUUUAUGGUGCACUAUUACCUGGUCCAAUUGAUAGAAAUGAUCUAUAUUUUGAAGAAAGAUCAAGAUAUGAAAUGAAUGAACCUGCAUUAGAUUAUAAUGCUGUAUUUGUUGGUGUUUUAUCUUCAUUAAUUAAUUCAUAUUCAAAACCUGUUCAACCAAUAUCAUCAUUAACUUUAUCAUUUAAUUCUGAUGAUUAUAAUAGAGAAUUAAUUGAUAACCAUGAAGAUGAAAUUAUACCAAUUAAUUAUAAAAAUAAUAAUAAUAAUAAUGACAACGAAGAUAGUUUAGAAAAUUAUUUACCAAAACCACCAAUUUUUAAAGAUUCAUUUGAUCUUGAAAUUGAUGAUGAUAGUUAUAAUAUAGAAGAAAACGAUAAUGAUGACGAUAAAGAUGAUGAAGAUGAUGAUGAAGAUUCAUCAAAUUCAAAUGUUUUAAAAGAAAAUUUCUAUUCAAAUUCAAAUAAAUCGACAAUAAAUAAUUAUAGUGGUAAAACUAUAUUUAGUAUUUUAAUUUUAAUUUUAUUACUUUAA